CCCAAGCUCGCCCUCAGCACGCAACGACCCCGCAUUAAUGGCCGCAGAACUACAGCCACAAGACCCACCACUCGUCUCUCCCUCAGCAACAGAACCAGCCGCAGCGCCACCAGUGUCGCCACCAAUUGCCGCCGCCGCCGCCACCGCCGCCACUGCCACAACAACUACAGUAUACCAAUCUCAGCAAGAGCAUCCUGGCCCUCCCCUUACCUCCAAGCGCCAACGCCGCCCCAGUGUUCGAUUGGGCGAGAUCGGCGACCAAUCCUCCGAUUCUCACGCAAGGCGUACCAAGCACCCACAACCUCCCGGGCGCUUUUCCAGAGAUACUUCCUCCUCAAAAUCUGUCAAGGCACGCUCUCUCGUCAAUCUUGUUAACGGCGACGCCAUCCAAGAAAACGAAGAUAACAACCAGAACGGUAACAACAAGGAAUUUGUGCACCGCAAAGCAAAAGCCAGGAGAGGCACCAUGAAGAGAGUGCGAUCCAAUUGGAUACCAAGGCAUGACGAUGGGGCGGAGAACAGCAGAGAAGAGGGAGAAGAAGGGUUCAGGGACUUCGAUCCGGACUCGGAUAGUCCAUUGAGAGAUCAGAGCCCGCUCCAUUCCACCGAUAACGUGGCGGCGAUAGAUACAUGGCACCGGAGACCGGGUUCGCGUCCCGGUCGAGCUAGGGUUUCGGAUAACAAUGCGAUGGAGAUGGAUAAUUUGCCGGAGUCCGACAACGAUCGGAGGUGUGGCAGGAGCGAAGGAGUGAGGACAUGGCUGAUUGAGUUGGGAUUGAGCCGAUACGCUCCCGUUUUUGAGAUACACGAGGUGGAUGAUGAAAUCCUGCCUUUGUUGACUCUGGAGGACCUUAAGGAUAUGGGAAUAAACGCUGUCGGGUCCAGAAGGAAACUAUAUUCUGCUAUCCAGAAGCUUCGAAAGGGGUUUUCGUGAGUUUUCCUUUUUCUUCUUCUACAACUAAUUCUCUAAACUUCUUUCCAGAACACCCAUUUCAUGGCUGCAAUAUCGGAUGAAAGGAAAGAAAAUGCAACUCUGAAAUGGUUUCAGUGACUGUGUGUUAUCUUUUUGCGCAUUAGAGUAAUGAUAAUCUGAUUUUUCAGUGGUUAUAUAUGUUUUUUUUCAUAUGAACUGAUCCUGUAAGAAUACCCAAUUAAUAGAAUUUGCAUUUUUGUAUUCUAUGAGAUUCAUUUCCUAUAUGGUAAUCCAUAAGAAUGUAGAAUUUGCAUUUCUUUAUUUAUCAAUGAAUUUUAGUUGCAUUUGUAUUAUCUCUUUUUUGUUUUUCUAGAUUCUUGUAUACUUAGCAUCAAAUUUGUACGCCUUUGAAGGAUUAAGGAUAUAAUGAAAGAACUCCGACGAUGGGAGGGUGGGAGUUUCUUUUGAAGCUAGUGUAUUGAGUUAGAAUCUCCCAAGCAUCAGUUUUCUUCUAUAUCAUGGUACUGUUUCUCAUUUGGAUUUUGUUUUCUUUGAAGUUGUGGUCUUUCCUU